UCCGGGAGCACGACACCAGCUCAGCGCCUUUCCUAGGAGAAAAUAUGUGCCCACAGGUUCGAGAAAUAUUCCUUGAAGAUGCUCAGGGUUCCCAGAGUAAUGCUCAACCUUGGUGGAAGGUGCAGCUCUUUGUCUGGGAACCAGUUCUGUUUGGCACCUGGGAUGGAGUUUUCACCACCUGCAUGAUCAACAUUUUCGGAGUUGUGCUCUUUUUACGGACUGGCUGGCUUGUGGGUAACACAGGAGUUUUGCUGGGCAUGCUUCUGGUGUCACUGGUUGUAUUGGUCGCCUUGGUUACGGUGAUGUCUGGCAUAGGGGUGUCUGAGUGCUGCAGUGUGGGCAACGGUGGGGUUUACUCCAUGGUGUCCACUGUGCUCGGAGGAAGAGUCGGAGGAACUGUGGGGCUUUUGUACGUGUUUGGACAGUGUGUCGCUGGAGCUCUGUACAUCACGGGUUUUGCAGAGUCCAUCGCUCAGGUGUUGAGUUUACAGAGCGUGUGGGCAGUGAGGGGGAUUUCUGUGGCCGUUCUGUCGGGCCUGCUCGGGAUUAACCUGGCCGGGGUUAAAUGGAUCAUACGUCUUCAGUUGGUUCUGCUGGCUGUAUUGGCUAUGUCCACUCUGGAUUUUGUAAUUGGGACAUUUAGUAAUCUAGAUCCAGAGCAUGGAUUCGUUGGCUAUUCGGAGGAACUGCUGCAUAAGAACACACUGCCAGACUACACGACUGGCGAGACUUUCUUCACUGUGUUUGGGGUUUUCUUUCCUGCGGCGACAGGUGUGUUGGCAGGAUUCAACAUGAGCUCAGAUCUCCAGAGACCUGAACACAACAUCCCUGUGGGAACUCUUGCUGCUGUCUGCGUCUCGUGGUUCCUGUAUCUUGUCUUUGUGUUCUUGCUGGGAGCCAUUUGCACCAGAGAGGCGCUGCGUUAUGAUUUCUUGAUAGCGGAAAAGGUCUCCUUGGUUGGUUUCCUGUUUUUGCUGGGUCUCUACAUCUCCUCCCUGGCCUCCUGCAUGGGCGGCCUGUAUGGAGCACCCAGGAUCCUCCAGUGUAUCGCCCAGGAGAGAGUCAUCCCAGCUCUCGGGUUUCUUGGGAAAGGGCGUGGGGCCAAUAAGACCCCUUUGGCUGCCAUCUGUCUGACCAGUUUAAUCUCCAUGGCCUUCAUUUUCAUCGGCCAGGUCAAUGUCUUGGCUCCCAUCGUUACCAUCAACUUCAUGCUGACAUACAGCGUAAUUGACUAUUGCUACUUCUGUGUGGUGAAAAGCUAUGAGCUGCAGGUCCAGCAAGGGAAGAUGCCAAUCAAAAGGUCGAGCUCCAGGAAAACGCUCGUGUCCAGCUCUCACCCCUCUUACGGCAGCGAGGGAGCCAUCAGUGAACCUAUGAAUGGCACUUUACUGGAGUUCACCAAAGACAUGAACCAGAUAUUUCCAUUGACCAGCACAGACAAUGUUGAAGAACAGAGAGUGUCUAUUCCUGUCUCUAAAGGCCGAGGCAGGAAAUCAAAGAUUCCAGCUAAAGAAACACUGCUGAACAGUUUUGGGUUGGACUUGAACAGUAAUGCACAGUUAGAUAAAGGGAAAAGUGAGAGAGUGCCAGAACAAACUAUUCGAUUUGAUGAUGAUAUGAGCAGACAGAUAGGACUUAAGGAGUCUGACCUUACAAGAGUAGACAAGAGGAAACAGUCCUUGCCUAAUUCUGGCUCGGCUGAACUUGAACAGCUCCCAAGAGAGCAUAUAGACAGGAAUGGGCCAGAACCAAGCCUUGAAGAAAUCAAAUCAAUUCAAGGUUCAGUCUAUGAAAAGCUUUGUAACCACUGGGUUUCGUUAAUUGGUGCAUUGUGCUCUCUUAUGAUAAUGUUUGUCAUCCAGUGGAUGUACGCCUUGGUUAACAUUACAGUAGCACUUAUCCUCUUCCUCUACAUUGGAACAGCAAGCCCAGGUUUGCCAACAGGUGCAGCAGCAGGUUUCAGCUUCUUCAGGUGGUUCAAGACCUCUCUGAGUAAUUUGGGAAGGGAAGGGGCCCUUCAGGAUCAGAUCGUGGUGACACCCUCUUUGUCCUCUGUUGGCAUGGAGACCAAGCAGCUGACAGAAGAAAAUGCAGACUUUGCCCUUCGCGAUCGUUACCAUCACUCCUCCUUCAUCACCACCACCACAGACAAGAUGGUCCAUCCUCAGUCAAACUGAGCAUGUUUCAGCUGCGCCCUGCUAAACUGCUUGACUGGUUCAAGUACAUGUGGAUAAAAUUCUGACUGAAUGUUUUUUGAUUGCUGCAAUACUUGAAUUUUUUGACAUUACUACAUUUAUGAGGUUGUAGGAGGAAGUACAGUCUUGUUUUCCUGGAAAAUAUGAAGUGAAUCAAUAUGUUUAUCUGAAACAAGGGAUUGUGCAAUCAGUGUGCCGUGAUCGCCGGUGGUCAGGGAUGUAAUGUCUGAGCAUAUUCAAAUAGUAUUAAAAUAACCAUUGUAUUAAGGUUAAUAUUCAUCAGCAUUUGAACAGUAUACAGCAUCAAGUUGAGGUUGUAUCACAUAAGUAAAAGUUGUAUCAUUUUUGCUUAAUUUCACAAAAUUUGUAUGACUGUAACACCCACAUGGAAAAUACUGUUGCAUACUUUUGUAUUUACUAUAGGAUCAAUAUUAAAGUUGAUCAUAUUCACAAUUGAUAAUAUUACAGAAUACUAUGUUAACAAACUAGUAAUUACUACGCUACUUAAGUUUGCUAUAAUACGAAUGUAUACUAUAGUUUUUUUCAUGUGGGCAUGUAUGGGGUAUAGUAAUAACUGGAAAUUAUUCCAAAGAUUAUCACUAUUAUUAUUUUCAGAAAAGCCAUGCCCACCCUACCCCAACUUUUCAAAUUAUUAGGACGUAUGUGCACGCUUGAGUCGUGGGAUCUAACAUAAUAUUAGUAUCCAGUAAUACAAUACUAUA